GCUGGACAUCUCCUUCUCCACAUCGCUGCCGCUGUUUGCUUCUCUCAGCCGGAGGUGGAGCCACGUCCACUGCGUGUGUGUUAGCGACGAUAUGAGAAACAGGCAAAAAGUUUUAUUUGACACAGGAUGAGAUCGCAUUCGAUUUUCAUUCUCUUCGCCCUUUUCCUUCUAGGCUGCAGCAUCGGCUUGACAGCGGGGAAGCGAGGUCCGAAAGUAACAGCCAAGGUAUUCUUUGAUAUCCAAGUUGAUGGUAAGGACGUGGGAAGGAUUGUGAUUGGUUUAUUUGGUAAAGUUGUUCCAAAGACUGUGGCAAACUUUAUCACUCUAGCAACACGACAGAAGGGGUAUGGUUACAAAGGCAGCAUAUUUCAUCGUGUCAUUAAGGAUUUCUUAAUACAGGGUGGUGAUUACACUUCAGGAGAUGGGAAAGGAGGAAUGAGCAUUUAUGGAAAGGUGUUCCCAGAUGAGAACUUCAAGUUGAAACACUAUGGAAUUGGAUGGGUCAGCAUGGCCAAUUCAGGACCAGAUACAAAUGGCUCCCAAUUCUUUAUUUCAUUGUCAAGACCCCGGUGGUUGGAUGGGAAGCACGUGGUGUUUGGAAAAGUCAUCGCUGGAAUGCCUGCGGUGCACGCGAUAGAACUCCAGGAAACAAACAGCGACAAUCGACCUCUCCAGGACUGUGUGAUAGUAAACAGUGGCAAAAUAGAUGUCAAAGAACCUUUUGUGAUUGAAGUGAAUGAUGAUGAGUAACAGGGCAGCACAUCGGUGUCUCUUCGGAAUAACAGAUGAUGGGCAAAAAUGACAGUCUUUGCUUCCAUUGAUCAAAUUUAUGUUUGUGAUGUAUCAAAACAUUAAUUCCCUCUUUCUAUCUAACUUUUUGAGUGAAAGGUGAUAUGGAUGUUUCCUGGGUUAUAGCCCAGAGAUGUAAUGGUGUGCAAAUCCUGACAAGUAGUAGCUUACCUGAAUGUGGAGCUGAGAGCAACUGCAAUGCUUCUUCAAUUGUACCUAUAGGAAUCAGUUUUUUUCCCACUGUUUCAGACACAUCAGAGCUCUCUGGGCUUGGUCCACUAAACCAAGAAUCUGGUCAUUGCUGCCUUACCUGCCGACUCCAACAGGAGCAGUGUCAAGUCCCACCAUUGUGAUACAUUCAGUGAAGGCAAGUUUAGCAAAUUUCUGAACCCAUGUUCAGAGCAAACCAAUAAGCUCUGAAGAAGGGUCUCGACCCGAAACAUCACACACUCCUUCUCUGCAGAGAUGCUGACUGUCCUGCGGAGUUACUGCAGCUUUUUGUAUCUAUCUUCGGUUUAAACCAGCAUCUGCAGUUCCUUCUUGCCCAAUAAAGGAGGAAUUGUUCUGUUCUUUUUUAUAGCUUUGUGCAAUGCUCUUCACUUCAUUGUAGCUAAUCUUUUUGCAACUUCACAAAUAAUACCUGCUUCUUCCAAAAUCUUUGUCAACAGAUCUUUUAUAAUGUUAAAUGUUCCCAGCUAAGCAUUGAAAUUAAAGAAAUUCCAAAAGUCAUUAACUGUUGGAUUGAAAACUUCUCAAAUCUCGCAAAAUGAAAUUGAAUUGUUAUCAAGUUAUUAAGAGCUAUUGCAUACAUGCAAGAAUGUAAUGCUGGUCAAGUAAUAUGUAUUAUAUCUUUAGCUUGCUAUGAAUCUACCUGGUGAAAUUGGAAUGAAUUUUAAUUUUGUCCAUGCUUACAGUUGUUAUUUCUGACAUACAUGGUGUUUUUGAGGAAUGAAUUUGUAAUUCUAAGUGUUUACUAUUGCCGAGAAAUCUGACGCUAGAGAAAUCCACUAUGCCUAUUAAAUAUUUAUGUUUUA